AUGAAUCAAAGGUGUGUAGAUAAUACGCUCGACGGAACGGCAUCGCACACUGUGGAGUGCGCUUCAUGCGAAGAGAUACAUCAAACCCAGAUUCGCAUGGUUCGAGAUCGAGAGACAGAUAAAUUCAAAGGAUUUGCCUAUGUGGAGUUCAACAGUGCCGAAGAUCUGGAGAAAGUUUUGGAAUGGAAUGGCGUGGAAUACGGUGGUCGUCCGCUCAAGAUCGAUAUUGCGUCGCAGCGAACAGGAGGUGAUCGAGGCGGUCGUGGAAGAGGAGGUGGUCGUGGAGGAUGGACUCAGACUGAUCAUCGCGUUGAACACGGUCAUGGCAGCAGUGCACAUGGUGGACGUGGGGGUCGAUCUCGUCAGGGACAUUCAGAACGCUCUCAUGAUGGUGAGAGUGAAUUUGUGGAACAUCCGGAACGCCCGCGUUUGGUCCUGAAACCACGCACAACUGAUCCUGCCGAGCUGGAGGCAAAGCUAAAGCGAGAGGCUGAAGAGGAAGCUGCACGCCGUGCAAAGCUGUUCCAAGCAUGA